AUGCUGGCAGCAGAGGAGCGAGGCCGGUGCCCUUUGCUCCGCUUUCAUCCACCUUCCAAACUGCGGCACGAGGCAAAGCGCGCGCCUUCUUCAUGCCACCGCCUCAACAGCAGUUCCACACCGCGGCCGCCAGAGGCCGCCAAAAGCACCGUCGAAGCGACUGAAGGCCAUUCAAGCGCCGAGUUCAAAUGUCUGAUCUGGAAACAAAACGGUUGUUUAUCCGGUGGUCAGCAUGAACAUGGCUUCAGACAGCUGUCAAAACGAGAUAACCACGUGAAAGACAUGUUAUUACGUCAUGAUUUUAGAAGAGGGACCGUAGCCAUAGAGAUAACAGCCUCACAUGUUACAUCCACCACCACGUCUCCCACUGGGAGCCUGCGGGUGUUGGGCGUGUCCCGCACACGGAAGUGCGGUCCCAGCUGGUUUACCACAACAUCCUGCUGGUUUCUGAUCCAGAGCAGACUGGUCAGCAUGGCACCCAGAGACCCGCUCCUCUCCUCCCUCAGAGUUUGUGUGCUGAAUUUACAGUCAGGUGGGGACGCGGUGACCGACUCCAACCCUCACCUGCCCUCCUGCUGCGAGCUGGUCCUCAGGAAGGGGCUGCAGCAACCAGUUCUCAGCCUGGUGCACAGAGACUACUGGCACUGUUUCCAGCAGCUUCCCCAUCACGAUACCUGCGGCAGGCUAUCUGCUCUCUCCCUGGCUAUUGAGCAGACCAGAGCUUGCAGGAAGCUGCUCUCAGCUCAGGGACAAGGCCGCUACUUCCUCAGACUGGCUCUCAGCCGCAGGACCCUGCCUCAGUUCUUCACACACCUGCUGCACACACCCAGAGUCCUGGAGUGGUACGUCCCAGUUCUAUCAAUCCUCAGGAAUGAAGAAUUUGUGGAACCAUUCAUGUCCCUGCUGCUUGUCCUUUCCAACAUGGAAUUCACAUUGAACAUGGAGAGACGUAAACCAUCUCCAGCUGCCACGGCUCAAACAAGACACUGUUACAACUCCUCUGCCUCCUGCAAUAGAGGGGUGGAGGAUGAUAUGAAAAUCUGGCCAAAGCUAACAUACAGUGGCAUUUUGGCUACUAUCUUAGAAGCUCUGAGACUCAUCAGUACCUACGUGGUAUUAAAGGUCUGUGAGGUCUAUGAAGUAGUGCCCUGCCGACAGGUUGGGAUGGUUUUGAGGUAUCUCAGUGGGCGUGUCUUCAUCCUGGACUUCAUACCUGGCAGUCAGGCUCAUGCUGACAAGUUCAUCUCGCCUGGUGACAUCAUCGAUGAGAUCAACGGGACUUCGCUGAGAAAUUCAAAAAAUGGACAGGCAGGCGUGGUCCUGUCCCGGCUCAGGGGCCACCCUUUGUCCAUCCAUGUUCUGAGAUGGAGGGCCCCUCAUCAAACUUCUGCAAACCUUGAGGAUGGAGAACCCACACCUGCAGCUCGGUCCUGCUUCCCACAGACAGCCGAGCCGCGAACAAAGGCCGCCAUCGUCCUCCCAGUGUCUUAAAGAUGGACGGUGAGUGUGCACGGCACAUCAAGAUUCUGGUCUUGCUUUCGGGAGACAAAUUCUAAUCUCUUCUACAGAGUUGUGUACAUUGUGCGGUUUCUGGGCAAAGCACAUAUUGGCCUGGUAAGUUUACGGCUUUAACUCACCCGGUUUGUAUGUUUAUAACCAACUACUGGUGUGAACUUGCAGUUCGGAGGCAAGUCCUGCAGCAUGCAAUUCCACAGGUGUUGCGUAAAAACCUGCCAAGCAAGGUAAAAUCACCUCUGCCUGCAGCCAUGGUGUUUUUUUUACCUACAUACUUUGGAAAACUCUUGUUUAUUCUGGACCUCAGGAGGUGCUUUUGGAUACGAAGGAAACACAUCUGACAUGC